CAUUCUUCUUUUACCAGUAGCCCAAGGGCUCAGCUUUAUCAGGACGCAAUGGGUGUUGUACACUGCUCUGAUUUUUCCCAAGCUAAUCAAAAUAUGACUGAAACGAUUAACCUACCAGCUUCCAAUACAGAAAACACUCAACUAUAUGCAAUCAAAUUAUCUUCAUCUCAAAUUAUUUCAAAAAAUAUGUUAGGCGCUCAAGUUAAGAUACCAGAGACAACAAACUUAUAUUCCCAAUAUCAUUUUCAAAAUAUACCUAAAAAUUUAGGCCCUCAGUCAAAAACUAUUCCAGCUAGUAUAUUUUGUGUUUUAAUUUUUAUUAUAUAUAAAAUAAAAAUAGCAUUCGAAUUCUCUUUAUCUCAAAAUAUUUCAAAAAAUAUCUUAGGCACUCAAAUUAAGCUACCAAAUACAACCAAAACUUUAGACUACACUGGAUAUUCUCUUCAAAAUCUUUCAAAAUUUUUUUAGGAAACCAUAAAUAAAACAAAUAGUUAUUAUAUAUUUAGAAUGUUUAUAUUAAAUUUAAAAAUAUAUAAGAACCAAAUACAAUCUAAUAGAG